UUCAUUCUGUGAUUUGAAACUUCAUCGACUACAAAGAAAAAUGGCUGCAAAUAGUGGUGGUGUAGAAUGGGCUUCAAUAGUGAAACCAAUUUUGGCAGCAUCAUAUGGUUCUUUUAACAAAAGUGAUGUGCUGGAGCUUGUGAAGGCUAUUAAUAGAAGUGAAAGUGAGCUUCUGAAUCAUGAGGAUGAAUAUGAAACAUUCUACACAGCAUUUGCAGCAUUGGCUGCAGAUUACAUUAGUUCAAGUGCUAGUACAUUAUGUAAGAGUCAAGUGGGAGUUGUUUGCCAGGCAUGCCGCAUUCUGCUACAGUACCUGUUGUCUCACUUACAAGCACAGAGCACUGGUGAAACAGUGGCAACAACAGGUGCUAUGUUGUCUCCAAAACAGCUGCUUCUUCCAAUACGUGCUCUUUGCAGUGCGGAAGGAAUGCUUCAGCGGGCUGAUCAAAUAUCUCUUACUGCCAUAAUGAAAAAUGCGAAGUUACCUGCCCACAUUAAAACUAGUACACCAGGGGAGAAAGAAGUUUCUGUCAAGGAACCAAAACGAUCUCGAUCAGAUUUGUCUGCUUCAAUAUUAGAACAGUUGACAACACCAUUGCAUGAUUUUGUUGUACCAAGGCCGCAGUUGCCAGAAAGUUCUGAGCUGCCUGCCAAUAAAGUAAUGGAAUCCAACAAUCUGAGUACAGGUGCUGACCCAGGACAGGAUACCAAGAAUCUGUUCAUCCAGAAAAAUGUUGCAAGCCUUCAAGCAUUGCGUGCUGGUCACAUCUUGAUUGACAUGUGUUUGAAUCUACCACACUUAACUCGUUACAUUCACAAGUAUCGUGAUGCUGUUGCUAAGAAAGGCUUCAGUCUUCCUGCAUCCCAUUCAGAGGCUACAUUAGUUAGACACAGCCUUCAGGCUGUGGUGAAUGACAUUAGUUUAACAUGGAGUGCCCUAUCACUCCCAGUAUUAGAACCACUGACUCCAGAGAAGUUAGAGAAGCUGUGUGUCCUCACUAUGUCAUGUUUGUAUUGUGCUGUUUCAAAUGCAACAGCCAGCAGCUUGCUAGGCAUCUCAUCUGCUAUUUCACCUAAGUACACAGGAACUGCCUCAGGUGCUUCUGCAGUGAAAGGUGGAGAUGAUGAAGGAGGUGCAGAUAGUCAUGCUAUAACUGUUGUGGAGAAAGCUUUGGAGAUAUUCUCAUUGGUGUCUGGAGUCAUAAAGAUUUCGACUAGGGCCGGAGGACAUAUUUUACAAAACCAUUUGCUUAUUGGAGUGUGGGUACUAAUCACAGGACUUCAGAUGCAGUUGUCAGCAUCAAGCUUCUUGGCAGCUGAUAAAGGCAAAGAUGAAAAGGGAAAAUCUCCUAAUAAGUUACGUGAGGGCUCCAGCAGGAUUAACCUUAUGAAAGUUCAACAGGGUUUUGGAGUGUUGUCAGUGGCAUUGGCAUCACAUGCAUUGACCAUGAUGUCAGCACUUCUAGAUGACCUCCAAGUAGAAACUGCUUGCUGUCAGGAGUCUCUGAAUCAAGGACCAGAACUGGAAGUAGAACCAGCAAGUCUCGACAUUCUCAGCCAGUUUACUGCUCUGCAACGUGUAGCUAAAUUUCUUGCUGCUGCUCCACUCAAUCAGCUUCUUUUUUAUCUUGCUACCAUCAGUUACAGAAAGGCUUGCACUCUGAAACGAAUCCAGAAACAUCCACCAGAAGGAGACACUUUUAGCACCUCAGAUUCAACUACUUAUUAUGAAGAUGAUUUCAGCUGCUCAGAAGAAAGUUCAGCAGAUGAUGAUGAUGAUAGUGAACCAAUAUUAGGACUGUGGUUUGAAGAAACACUGGCACCUCCUGAGACACCUCCAGGAUCACAUGUGGCUCAGUCAGCAGCAGAUUCUCAGGAAGGAGCUGGGAAAAACACAGACAGAGCAGGCUCUAUUGUGCCUGAAAAAGGGGAACCUCAUGGUUACAUACUCCUGGCAUCACAGAUAUUUCAAUUCAUGAACAAGUACUUACUAAGCAGUGAAUCACCAUUCAUUGUACGUUACAUCCAAGGAGGACUGGCAGAACAACAAAUGGUGAUUUUGGCAGCCAUUAUCAGGGAUCUGGAUAGGGAGACAGCUCGUACAGAAACAGGCACAAUUUCAGUAUACUUUGGAGCAGUGCUUGGGAAUCUGUACAGUGAGUUUUCUCAGGCUCUUACAAGAUACACUCAUAAUUUGCUGGCACGUAACAUCUUGACUGAAAGUCUUCAAGGGACUCUUUUGAAUCAUCUUUGUGUAAGUCCUUGGUCCCAGGAUACCAGUAACACUUGGCCUCUGCAGGUUUACCCAAGAACACUGGCUGUUCUGGCACAGGUUUUAUUGCUGAAGUCACAGCAGGAGAAGGAAGCUGCUUGUAUCAGUAUUUGGCAUAGACUAGUUAACACAUUGGUUGAAAAUGUUUGUAAUCCACCUAAUACCUUUGAAGUUGAAAAUGAAGAUCUGAAUGUGGAACAUGCCCAACUUCUUCUGUUUUUGUUCCAUGCAUUGAACCUAAUGCAGAAGAAGUCAGUGCUUUUGCUGACUGCAGGAGGAGUUAUCCGUUGCUCUGAGAUAGUGAACCAGCCCAUGCGUGAUUCUCAGCUUUUGCAUUUGUCCCGUCUAUUGUUGCUUCUGGAGUAUCUUAUGAAACACCUUUACGAUGCUCCUCCAGCUCUUCUGGAGCAGGUCCAGUGGAACUUGUUCAGUGCGACAAGCAUGGUUGGAGAUAUGUCAGAUAACAAAGAUGGUUCACGUGUGGCUUCACGCAUAUACUGUCCUUGGAAAGAAAUUGAAGAUAAUUACCGCAAGUAUGGUCCUCAAGAUGAAUUUUCCAUGAAGCCACGAUUUUACAGCUUGACUGUUGCAGAAAUUAAUAACCAGGAUACACCAAAAUUGGAUGGACUGGCUUGUAACUUCAUUCUUGGUACACCUGAUAAGCUGAAAUAUCCACUGUUGAUAGAUGCUCUGAUAGAAAUUCUAAAUGUGACAAGUCAGUGUAGUCCAAGCAUAAAGCGAGGGGAGAAACUCAGUUUCACUGGCCUUUGCACUAUUCAGUACUGUUUUACCAUUUGCUGGAGAUUGUUACUCCUGCUGCCACCUUCAACCCCUUAUAUGGACACACUUUCUGAACCACAGGGCAUCACAUACCCUCCUAUGUUAUUGCAUUCCUUGAUAUGGGGUCCGCGUUCUGCAUAUAAAACAUUUACUGGCUGGAUGAAGGAUUGUUUGGUGAAGCAGGGCAUGUAUACACAAUAUGCUGAGACACUGUUAAAAAAUGUUGCUAAAGCAGUGAAUAAUCUGAAGUAUGACAUUGGAGUUGCAAAGGGUUGCAUUACUGCAUUUCGUCCGCAGGUACAGAAGUCAGAUUCUUUGGUUCCUAAGUCAAACCUUCCACAAUUAUCUGAUCUGUACUUACUGGAUGCGAUAAUAGCCAAGAUCCAAGUGUUAAUGGAUGAAGGAGUAUUGAAACCAGCUACAGAAACUGGAGAUUCAACAAAAAGUAGCCAAGCAACAGAUGUAUCUCCAUCAUCUGGUGACCUUGCUCAGGACUUGCUACCACAUGUCCUGCAACUUACUGAAACCAUUAUAGCCUGUAGCAGGUCAAGUUUAUUGUAUGAAAUGAAUGAGAGUUCAGAGCCAGUAGGCAAGUAUUCUUUACAAGACUUCCAGGCAUUCAAAGAAAUUCUAGCCAUCUCUUCAAGUCGCUGCAACAAGACAAACAGUUUAGCUACUGCCCUGAUGGCAUUACUGCCUGCAGGGAUUCGCACCAUUCUGGAGAAAUGGAAUGAAAAUGGCGUGACUGAUUUUCCAUGGGUUAGUGAAUUUAUUUUAUCAGAACCUCCGUUCAUAAUUAGCAUUAAUAAUAAAGUUCACCGUGAGAGAGAUUUAUUUAUAAAACUUGUGAGAAUCUCUCAUAGAAUCCAGUGUUCCUCUGAAUACAGUUUUGGAAACACUGGCAUAGGCAAAGUUGAAAGAAAUAUACAAUUGACCUUCAUUGGAGAGCACAUCACGAAAUGUCCAGAUGAUAGUGAGCUUCGAAAGCGAGCAGUAGAUGUGUUGGUACCAUUGACACUGGAUGCAUGCAGUGAACACCUACACAGUGUUGUUUUGCGUACAUUAGAGCGUGUGAUUGGUGAUCCUGAAACUGAUGAACACCAGAAGAGAGUCUAUUACAAUGUGUUAGAACGUACAUACUACUUGCUCCGCAGUUUCACAGCUCAGACCUCUAAUCAGUACUUGUGA